UACAUCUCAGAUAUGUUAAUAUUAUGGCUACAGAUGAUAACUGUUGUUGUCGGAGAUCAUUGGGUCUCCAAAUUUAAAGAAAAAGAUUGCUACAGAUGUUCUAGAUACGAUUACGAUAACGCUAAUUUCUCCUCCCUUGUCUCCGUCUCACAAGAUGAAAUCGUCAUCGGAGCCAAAAACACAGUUUACAAGAUAGAGUUCGAGUAUCAGAAAGUCACUCCUUUUGUCGACGAGGUACCAGUGAACAGUAACAGUGCGUACCAGAACUGCAUAGACAGUGGCAGGACGGAACAGGACUGCCAGAACUAUUACAAAGUCCUGGUUAAAAUAACAGAAAAUGAUCUGAUGUUGUGUGGAACUAGCUCAUUCCAACCCAUGUGCGAUAUCAGACACCUGUCCGAUCUGAACUACAAGUCACGCGAUCACGUGUUGUCAGGAGACACGAUCUGCCCAUCUGAUCCAAACACCGCUACCUCUGUCAUCGUCCUCCAAUCUGAUCGGACUGUGGGCUUUAGCGCCACGUGUAUUGACGAGUGUAACGAUUACCAAAUCUCCAGAAUUAACCUUCUUGCUGGCUCCUUAUCUUUCAACGGCAGGACUAUGAGAACUACUGACUGGUUGAACAGACCCACUUUCGUUUACUCGUUUGAAGAGGGUGAAUAUGUCUACUUCUUGUUCUACGAGACUGCUAUAGAAGUGAGGACGGAACAGGUCUACAGCCGAGUGGCCAGGAUUUGUAAAAAUGAUAUUGGGAGUGGCCAGGAAUACUUCAGCAACUACUUCUUAUCUUACAGUAAAGCCCGGAUAUACUGCACCAGCAACAAGCCAGGAGAACCUCCGUUUGACCACAAUGAAGUGGGGGGAGCGUUCUACAAAGAUAGGAUCCUCUACGCCGUAUUUAGUGGUCAGAGGAACGUACGGACGGGGAGUAUUCUCUGUUCUUAUCAGAUAAAAGAUAUAGACGCAGUCUUCAGUGGUCCUUAUCUCUCUUACGAUAAUACUGACAGAGAGUGGGUCACUGCUGAUAACCAGCCAUUCUCGUGUUCGAACAAGAAGUCUAUAAACGUAGCAGCAACCCAGACCAUGAUGGAACGGGCAAUCUCUCAGAGCGAACCUCUCUACUAUACUCAAACUGAAACUAGGUUGACAAGUGUAGCAGUGAUCACUAAGAGAGUUGGAGACAGAGACUACACUAUCAUCUACGCUGGAUCAGAAGAAGGAUACGUGGUCCGUGUGGGAUUGGAAGCAGGAUUGACGGGAAUAACUCACUACAGCAUUGUCAAGACCUCUCCCACCGGUGUGGUUAAAUCCCUGUCUAUAUCAGAGGACACAAACAUGCUCUACGCGCUGUCUGAUUCGUGGGUGAUCAAGAUUCCGACUUGGCUCGAGGACGCCUGUCAACAUGCUUCAACUUGCAGCGAAUGUCUGGAUCUAUACUACCCGUACUGCAGCUGGUGUAAAACAACUAACGAGAUGAGAUGUGUCUCCAGACAGUCAGAAUGCCUUGUCUCCGAUCUGGUCCAACCAACAGAGACUUGCCUUCCUCUACCAACGUUCCGAGAUAAGCCUAAUGAGCAGACUGUAGCCAGAGGAACUCCGGUGACCCUGAUGUGCAGUGGGAGGGAUGGUGAGGUCGGGGUCUGGAGACGGGAGGACGGGGCUCCAAUCACCAGGAAGGCUGUGGAAACUAAGAGCUAUCUCAUGAUCCCAGCUGUUGAAUUAAGUGAUAUGGGAACGUACGUGUGUACGCUGAACAACACCAGUGGCCGAGUUUCUGAACAGGGCGCAAUAACCGUAACAGAGAAACCGUACUUCACAAUGCAACCUGAGAACAUCUCAGCGUUUGAGGAGGACAUUAAUAUCGAGCUGCAGUGUCAAGCUGAAGGAAGCCCCCGUCCUACGAUCCAGUGGUUUAAAGAGGGCGCGAACAUUCCUGACGGAUCGGAGAUAACAGAAUUAGGUUUUCUAAAAAUAUAUCGCGUUUUGGAGGAGGAUGAGGGGAAGUAUUGGUGCACAGCUACCAAUAGCGAGGGACGGAUCACUAGCAAGAUCGCACAGCUUCUUAUUUCUGUAGGAGAGAUGGUAAUCGAUGAUAGGGAGAAGGCCCCCGCUCAGAUCCCUAAUAUAACCAUGGUCGGGAUGGUGGUAGCGAUUGUUGUCAGUGCUAUCAUUUGCUUUGUCAUUGGUCUUAUAGUUCACAAUCUUUAUCGGAAACAUCGCAAGAAGAGGGAGUCAGAUGUCUCUCAGACACCAGGUGGACACAUGUUUGAUGGCCGAGUUCAGACCCGCGGGCCCUGGACCCCGGUCAAUACUAUUCCUUACCAGAUGUGUAGACCGGAGGAGUGGAGGGAGAGCGGUAUGUUCAGUUGCCCCUACCCCUCUACUCUAAUACCUCCUCCACUACCUAUGAGAUCAGAGCUGCUGACCCAAAUGCCGAACAUGAACAUGGACAGUGCACUGUUAGAAGAAGAAGAAGCUCCUCCAGCUUACGAUGACAGAGACAGUCCACCUCUCCUUCCUCCAACCCCCGCCUCUCUACAGGCGCCCAUGUGCUUCCCUCCAACUCGCUACACCCCCACCCACUUCAAUACUUGCCCAAAUCACACGGGGGUGACGUACUGUGGGGUAGCACCCCCUUGUACCACCUCGCACUACACAGCCCUCAACAGCGACUACGCUGUCAUUACGCAGUCAGCGCCACAACCCGCUACCUCCUCAAAUAGACAAUACAGCAUGGACCUACGGGCAGACCGGUCCGCGCAGAACCCGAACACUGGACUGCGGGACCAGCCCCCUAGUAGUCGGGGGCACGGCCCCCUUAGCCCGGGAUUUGCCAACCAUGUCAUUUAGUUGAGUUUUUUCUCUGUUUUAGUGCACCAUAUUGUUCACUUGAGAUGCGUUGAUUUUGAUUUUAAAUUGUGGACGAUAUGUUUUAUGAAAUGAGAUUGACUCGAUGAAAUUGAGUUUUUUAUUUUAAAAUAGCAUCAGAAAAUGUUAAUUUUCAUUUUUCAGUUCCCAUUUUUACAUACGUUAUUCUUGUGAAGAUGAAAGAAUCAAUUAUUUUUGUGCUAGCACUAUCUUAAACAAUUUAAAGUGCGUACCAUUUUUAUCUAGCAGUGAUCAACACAGCUAACUCUUACAGCCGGGGUCAUGUUGGUUUUGCAAACAAAUAAUUUUUCAGUUUAUUGAUUUUCAGAGGCAGAAGAUAAGUUGAGUUAUUUUUUGGAUUCAUGUUCUUAUAACUACGAAAAGGACAUUUUGCGGGCAUUUUUCCCAACAAAUAAUUUGAAGUGUACUUAAAGCGAGAAAACUCGGCCACUUCACAACUUUAAUUUAUUUAUAAGUUGACCAUCACUUUCGAAUAAACCAUACAUUUUAUCAGCAAAACUAUAUAUCGGUUACAUUUUUUAAUUCAUAAUGCAAUUACAACUUACAAGUUCACUGAAUAAUGUGUAUUUCUACUUUCGCUUUUUGAGUGGUUUCACUGACAAUUAAAUUGCGAUUUUGAGUUUACGGUCUACUAUUUUUGCGUUUCCCUUAUCACGUAAACGAUCAAGUUUUAAUCAUUUUCUAGAUAUACCUCGAUAUUUGAGGGAUUUCUAUUUAUCAGAUGUUGUUUUGAAAACUAUAUAUAUAAAUACAGUAUCUUUAUACUAGUUCAAACCAUUCCGAUGAGUGGUAUUAAGAACUUACAUAGUUUUAAACCUAGGUCACCAAGUGGUACUAGAGCGUAUAUUAUAGGUUUAAUUUUAAUCUCACAGUGAUCGAUAGUGGAGAUUGCAGUGAUCAAAUUUCCAAAAGUGCAGCCAUGCAAUUAUUAGAAAAUAACCUAGUGGAAAUGUUGAUCAAUGUAGGUAUAGUUCCACUGUCUACACAUGUGAAAACCACUCUGGGGAUUGAUUAUCUGUCAACAGAGAUGUUUGAGAAAAAACGUUGGAAUUAAAGUGUUCCAUUAUUAAGCCUCUUUUUUAACCGGGAGGAUAUGCUAAGAUCUCUACUUUUUCUCUUUACGUUGUAUAUAACGUUUUGUAAAUAAUUUG